AUGAGUGUAUUAGGUUAUAGGGAUCCACAGAACAACGUUCCCGGUGGAUUUCCAGAUCUAGCUGCAAAUCAAGUAAACUCACAAAAUACUAAUUCACACGACAUUGUACAAAGUGAUCAUCAUGACGUAAAUCAAUACACCAUGUCAUUUAAUAAAAUUCUAUAUAUAUUUCUUCAAAUUCCACUCACGUUAUUAUCAUUGUUUCUAACCUUCACAGUAUUUAUAAUUACAGUUACGAACAAAUUUCUAAAAGUUACAAGCUUCUAUGGUACGGUACACAAACAAACAGACCAUAAAUCGAACAUCGUUGAAUUAUUGAAUACCUUGAGUAUGGAAUCAAACGGUUCUGCAACUGCUGAGGAUUUACUAAGGUAUAAUUUUGGUUCAGUUUACAAUUCAACUAAUAGUGUAAUUUCAGGGGACAGUCUACAGACAAGUUAUUCAGAACUAUUAGAUGCUUGCACAAAACAGUAUAAAUUCGGAUUCAUAUAUUUGCAUGACAAAUUAAAAGAUAAUAGUAUGAGUUAUGUGAAUGACAUUUUAUGCACUGAUCAAUUCGUCAAUAUGGUAAAAAAACAUCAUGGCUUAAUGUGGUUUGGUGAUAUAACCAAAUCCGAAGGAUUACAAGCUGCAAAUAACUGGAAGGUUAGACAUUUCCCAUUUGUCGGUGUAAUAAUGGUGAAAAGAUCUAACAAAAUAGAACUAAUAGCAAGGGCUGAAGGAUCGUUAGCUAAUUAUAAUCCAAAUAAAUUCGAAAGAAUUCUCAAAAAAAAUCAAGAAACAUUAAUACAAUUGAUCCAACAGCGACAAAAUAUAGAGAUGCAACGUUUAAUUAGAGAACAGCAAGAUUCGAGAUUUAGAGAAUCUUUAAGAAGAGAUCAAGAAAGGAAUCGUGAGUUAGAAGAGUCCAGGCAAAGGGAACACGAAGAAGCGGAAGCUCAUGAAAGACAUCUAGAGGAAGAGAGACGGCAAGAAAAACUUCUACAAAAAUGGUUAAUUUGUAGACUUCAUAGACUUCAUCCCGAACCUACAACAGGGGACAAUAUUAGCAAAGUAGCUAUUAAGCUUGCAAAUGGUGAACGUAUGGUUCGUAAAUUUGACGGUAACCUUCCUAUUGAAGAAAUUUACGCCUUUGUAGAAUUGAGUCAGAGAGGUAUGACACCUACGCAAAAUAACGACAUAUCAGAUACAGUACCUCCUUAUAAUUAUACUCAUCAUUACAAAUUUAAACUAAUAUCACCUGUUCCAAGGGUUGAAUUACAACCUGAAGAUGUAAUUAAGGAGAACACUGCAAUAUUUCCUUCUGGUAACAUUCUAGUCGAAGAUCUCGAUUAA